UAUGCCAGCCUGCCAGCGACAGCGCGCUAAACUGUUCAGGGAACAGACACGGGCCGAGCCGGCGAUCAGUCAUACCGAGAACACGACGCGCACGGCGCCCGAGGCGACACGACGGCAGUGUGGCAUGUCCCGGGACCCGGGAGGGUUGACAGGGGGGCACGGAUGGCGGAAAUGACGAGCAAUGCUUGCGUGAUCGUCAGAAAUGUGAGGCGUUCAAUCUGCCGUCGUUCACACGUCCCCCCAGGCAGGCCACGUCACCAGGCCGGGCGACAGGUGACGUAUGUCUGCCACCCAGCGACACUGGUGGCGACACUACAAAACAGGACAAGAUCGUGCGGUUGGCGGAGGGGCGCGGACUAAUCAGCAUUGUAAAUCAGUUGGGGAGAACUUCAGACGGGGUCACUGCUCCCCCGCAGGCACCAAAACAGAGCGGAGCAAAGAACGACUGAGUACACACGUACGUCCCGGGACAACGCCGAAGGACCGUUACUCCACUAGACGACGUGCUGAUUCCAAACUUUCCAACCAUGAACAUGAUGACCAUGAGACAAGCUGGCGGGCCUGUAGCCACGUUCAGACCUGCAUUCCCUUUGGAAGGGCAGGGUCGUGUGAACCAGCUCGGGGGAGUCUUCAUCAACGGCCGCCCGCUGCCCAACCACAUUCGGCACAAGAUCGUGGAGAUGGCCGCCGCCGGGAUCCGGCCCUGCGUCAUCAGCCGCCAGCUCCGCGUGUCGCACGGCUGCGUCUCCAAGAUCCUCUGCCGCUACCAGGAGACCGGCUCCAUCAAGCCGGGCGCCAUCGGCGGCAGCAAGCCGCGCGUCGCUACGCCCGAGGUGGAGAAGAAGAUCGAGGACUACAAGCGAGACAACCCCGGCAUGUUCAGCUGGGAGAUCCGGGACCGGCUGCUGAAGGACGGGAUGUGCGACCGCAGCACCGUGCCCUCCGUCUCCUCCAUCUCGCGCAUUCUCCGCGGAAAGGGCCACAAGAUCAGCGACUUGGAGUGCGAGGGAGACGACGAUACGAGCAUCGACAGCGAUCGGAAGCCACACAGCAUCGACGGCAUCCUGGGAGAAAAGAAUGGACCGGGAGACAGUUCCGACUGCGACUCCGAGCCCGACCUGCCGCUGAAGAGGAAGCAGCGCCGCAGCCGCACCACCUUCACUCCGGAGCAGCUGGAGGAGCUGGAGAAGGCGUUCGAGCGCACUCACUACCCGGACAUCUACACACGGGAGGAGCUGGCACAGAGGACCAAGCUGACGGAGGCCAGGGUGCAGGUGUGGUUCAGUAACCGGCGGGCCCGCUGGAGGAAGCAGCAGGGGGCCCAGCAGAUCCCGUCCUUCAUGCCGCUGGGUUAUCCCGCUCCUGCCGCCGGGACGCCGACCUACAUGCCUGUCCCCGAGCCUGCUUACCCGACCAACGCACCAGAUUCGGCAACCCUGCACAGACCACAGCCUCUGCCCCCUACCAGCAUUCAUCAGAGCGGGGCUGCAGACACGGCCAGCAUGUACGGCACUGCCAGCAAACCCUACCAGUACCCGUUCUCUGACUCCUACCUGUCCACAGCCUCCACCGGUCUGUCUGUCAGCAGUGGCAUGUCCACUGGGCUGGUGAACGGACUGGGUAGCAUGAGCAGUCAGCAGGUGGACCCGUACCCUGUGCACUGCGCCCCGGCCAGCAGCAGCACGUCUCCCGCCACCUCCCUCCCGUCCAGCGACUGUUACAGCAGCACUACAGCCGCCGACACCUACUCAUACAACACCGCACAGACAUACUGCACCGCGCCUGCGCACAGCUUCUCGUCAACUGCGCAUGCCUACAGCAUGGACGGCUCCUGGGUACAAGGCACCAACAGCACGGACUUCAACAGCAACAGUCUGGGCAUCGCGGCCCUUCGGCAGAAGUCUCGGGAACAUUCGGCAGCACUCGGGCUCAUCCAGGUGGCGGGCGGAGCCAUGGCGCAAGCGUACUGAAGACCUCCACAUCAUCAUCAUCUUCACCACUCGUCUGAAACAAGCCACGUACCAAAACUUCACGACAUUUACUGUACGAAAUGGAGGGGAAUAAAUUCCCUCCUGACGUGAUAUGCCUAGUGCGAAUUGAUUGUAUGUUUGUGUGUUAUUCCGAUUUAUCUCGCUCAUUUCCGAUCAACACGCUUAGUGUAGAAGUGCUUCUCCGAUUUUACACGGAAGUUGUUAAUGAAAUGACGACUACUUUGAGAAGAGAUGAGGUGGAAAAUCAUCAUUAAUACCAGUGACACACUCUUACCAUGGUGUAUUUUGUAGAUAAUGAUGAUAAAUUAGUGCUUAUAAUUCCUACAGUAAUCAAACGUGGAAACAGCCCGACAUGAAAGCUGUUCAUACACCAAAGGAUGUAUUUUACACCCACUGAUAAAUUACUGUUAUUACGAGUCAUAAACCAUUUAGAAAAGGAAUAAGGCAAUUGCUUAAACUGUAUCUAAAUGAAGAACGUUUCUAUCCAACAUUCAAAGAAAUUGGUGCGAAAAUAAACGCAAAACUCGAUAGCCGCAAUGAUGAAAUUAUAUAACUUGUUAUUAGUAAAUACUAUAUUUUAUUGUCUUGCAGCUAGGUUAAAGUAAUUUUGCUUAGAAAACAGUGACAUAUGUACACACGUAACACCACCCGUUGACAAUAGCUUCGCCAAAGAAAGUAAAAGUCCUUAAAUAUGCAGUUCAAGCAGAGUCAAAUGCGUGAUAAAAAGGAGUAAUACUGUAGGCCAGUCCCAGAAAGGUAAAGUUCAAUCACUCGUAAUAGUUUUUGACGGCGCCGUUGAUAGAAAAAUGCAUCACUGUCAUAACUGGUGAGAUAGCAUUGUGUGCAGGACGCUAUAUAUGUAUGAGGAGAAGAAACUCAUACGGUUGGCAGUAAUCCGUCGGGCAGAUAUGCUUUAUGACAGAUAAGAGGGAUUAGGUUGGGAAAAGGGUGCUAGGCACUUCAUUAAUACGGCAUUUCAGUCCCGCGGAGCAGGCACAUUUCGCUAUAGCACACGGCAGACUUAUAUCUAUUGCCGCUGAAACUGCGCCAGGAAGCGAUAACCUCUGUUCCCUCUGUACGCCGGGAGUGUCAUGUGCCAUUUAUUUGUACAUAAUCGUGAGUAAGCCCCAUAUCAUCACAUUAAAUGGCGGUUAUCAGCCACACACAGGGGCCAACCGCGCCAUCCUGCAAUCCAUCAACUUCUUGGUAACCAUGGCGACGAACGUCAGAUGAUAGGCGGAGAGGAAGUUCAGAAGAAUGGUUCAAUACGCAAGAUAUUUGACCUUGCCAGAUUACAACGGAGGUCAAAGCAUUUAAAUGUGAUGAAGGGAAUUGUGUGAUCUAAACUAUGGAACAUUUGCCCGUGGUGGAAUAUGGGAGUUUCAUGGAGUUCUCGGCAGUUUAUUUCCGGUUUGGAAGACUGCAUUCAGCGGGUCAUUUCUUGUGCGUAUAGAUAUCAUCAUCCAUUAUACGUUUGUCACCUGUAUGAUGAAUCACCUGUUAACUUAACGCACAGAACCCCAACCGUUGAAAUUAGAAUGAUAAAAAAAAAAAAAAACUUACAUACGGCAGAACCAAACUAAUGUACCAGUAAUUCGUUUUGAGACGAAAUCGGCAAGAUAUUUGCUGUGAAAGGUUUAGCGUCUUGUCUUCUCUUGCUUGUUUUAUAUAGCUAUGUGAGUGAUAUCUAAAUAUAUGUAAACGCUGUUCGUAUUCGCCGUUGGAAAUUCAAUUCUAAGACUAUAUAAUACGCUCUCUCAAAUCCACUGUCUUCUGUGUGCUAUAUAUAUAUAAGGCCAAGUUUUAGACUGUAAAUAGCUACGUAGAAACCCAUUGGCGGGAACAAUGGUUUUAUAUGUAGAGCAUAGUGCGUGUUAGUCGCUACAUGUAACUGUUUAUUGUUCAAAAUGAAUUUAACUUUCUUUA